CAUUGACAGAAAUCCACGCACAUAUCCACUGCAGCGCGUCUGCAAGGUCUGUGCAAUGAGGAAUGGGGGGGCAACGACACACCACCACACCACGCCCACAUGGAGGAGGGGCGAGGACCCAUCGGGGGCGGGGCGAUCCCAUCAGCAUUCGGGGGCCGAACCCUGGAACAUAGAUCCCCACCUAGUUGAGUAAGUCGGCCAGUGGGGCCAAGGCCAUGCCAGUGGGAUUAGAGAACGGAUCAACGAGACUCACUCCCUCAUGUCAAGGCGCUACAUCAGCUCGCUCGGCUUCGACCAAUCAUACGAUUACUUGUACCUGCCCCGCUGCUUGCGGACGCACCGCUGCAAGGGGUACGCGUUCACCAACCUCGUCAGCCCCGAGGUCGCCCAGAGCUUUAUCUCGAGCCUAAGCUCCCAACUGAUCGGGGGGCACGCGCUGAAGUUCUCGAUCGCGGACACGCAGGGGCUGGCCAAGAACAUCCUCAAGUGGUACCGCGGGCACUCGCGCCACGUACGGGACCCCGAGGUGCUGCCCUUCAUCCGGCCGUUGCGGGCCCUGGGGCUCAGCAGCCCCGCCCAGUUGCUGCAGCUGGCGGGGCCCGCCGGCGACGAGCUGCCCGCCCCGCCGCCACCCCGGGGCGCCGAGCCCGCUCCCGGGGGGGAGCUCUGCCGCGGGCCCGACGGCGCCGCGCAUCCCACGGGCUGCGACGGCCGCCAGGGGCACCGCCCGGUACCGCUGGCGGCGCCCCGCCGCAGUCCCGCCGGC